ACUUCCGGUACUGUAUUUGACGUUAUAUCCGGACAAAAUUAGGCUAAUGUUACCCAGAAUACACUAUCCUAAAUAAAUGUUUAGAACCUUCAAUCCUAUUUAUAUUGCUCGGUUAUUUUGAUGAUGCAAAGCAACUUGCUGUGCUGUGAGGAAUUUGUUCCUGCCGUCAUUCUCGUAAGGGCUGCUUACAAAGCUGCCUCCGCUCGGAGCUCAUUGUUAGCCUAGCUUUAGCCAUGCUCUGUGCCGCUUUCAUUUCUGUUCCGCGCUGGGACCACCGCUGCUAGCUAGCCUAGUAGCUGGCUAGUUAAGCUUUUUCCUGUAGUGCUGUCGUUUCGUUGUGUUUGUCGGGGGGUGUCACUUAAUAGUCCCUUGUUUUAUUUCAUGCAAAUUAACAGAGAAGGUCCACUGUUUUAAAGCGCACAAACCGGGCGGGGGUCGUGUGUUUGGAUAGCUAACUUAGAGGAAACGUCUCGCCUCUUCAUGACGUUUGUGUUCUUACUGACGUUCAGUCAACCUGCUCGGCUUCAUUUGACUCAAGAGGGAAAUUAGUUGGGCAAACUCUAGCCCGCGCUGUCAAGAAGGGGCGUUUAUUUUUGAUAUUUUUAUAUUUCAUAUUUGGGAGGAAAACACAUAUCUGGGCCACGAUGGCUUCCUCCUCUGGCAACGACGACGACCUCACAAUCCCCAGAGCGGCAAUCAACAAGAUGAUAAAAGAGACUCUUCCUAACGUAAGAGUGGCCAACGACGCUCGCGAGCUGGUGGUGAACUGCUGCACGGAGUUCAUCCAUCUCAUCUCCUCCGAAGCCAACGAAAUAUGCAACAAGUCAGACAAGAAGACCAUCUCUCCAGAACAUGUCAUCAACGCGCUAGAGAGCCUCGGUUUCGCAUCGUACAUAACGGAGGUGAAAGACGUUCUGCAGGAGUGCAAAACUGUGGCUCUGAAGAGGAGGAAGGCUAGCUCCCGAUUGGAGAACCUGGGCAUCCCCGAGGAAGAGCUGCUUAGGCAGCAGCAGGAGUUAUUUGCAAAGGCUCGGCAGCAGCAGGCUGAGCUGGCCCAGCAGGAGUGGCUGCAGAUGCAGCAGGCUGCUCAGCAGGCGCAGAUGGCCGCGGCGUCUGCUAGCGUGGCGCAGCAGGCCAGCUCGUCCCAGGAUGAAGAUGAUGAGGACGACAUGUGAUCCCAGGUUACUUUUCGACCUGUCCAGGUUCUGUCCCGGGACGGCGGGGAGGACACACACAGCUCCAGAGCGGUCGUUGACGGAGACGCAGGACUUCUUUGAGCACUGGAAAACUCACAUUGGGAUUGAACAGGAACAGAUGAAAGAGGGGAUUUAAAGACAGACCCUCUCUCCAGACACCAGUACCUAAAAACCUAUAGAAAGAACUAUUAAUGUUUAUGAAAAUGACUUUAAACCCACCCCUCCCGGUUUUAGUUGCUUCUGUUUAAACAACCUUUAAUUUUUUGUUUUGUAGGUUUGUGGAUGUGUUCUGAACACACUGAAUACACACUCUGCUGAGGGUCUCUCCGUGGUUAGUUUGGUGCCCUCUGGUGCUGCACCAUGUGUCUUGUGACUCAGUGACAUUUGGUGGUUUAGGUAAACUACCUGUGAAUGAUUCCAGCAUCUUCUUCCUCUAUUAAAUAUUUGAUGGUCACUUUUUUCCAACCAUAAAAUUUUUUUUCUCCCUCUUUGGAAUAUUUGUUCAACAGUGGAUUGUUUGAGGGGUUGUGAAUAUAAAUUUAUUCUGUUAUGUAAAGAAAUAAAUGGAAAUUUUGUUUAAUUUUUAGCUCCGUUUUUCUCUUGACUAUUUUGUGUCAUUUUUGUUCUUCCUUGAACCACCACAGUAUUGCUAAUUAGCUAUACCUUUGAGAGAGAAUAUUUUUGUCUCCUAGAACCAAAGUCUAAGAAACCCAGAGUUUGUUUUUAAAGAUGUAGGUGCGCUGGGAUUCCCUUUGCUGACUCCAGAUCAGUGUAAACGAUGUUGAGGAAUAUUAACGUCUAACUUUGUAAAAUGCUUUCAUAUCCAGGCUGAAUUUUGUUACUUCUCUUUGAGUGCAGUAUCUAGCAUUGUGACUUUGGUCAAUUCUAACCGUAAAGAUGAGAAAACAAUGUUGUGAUACACAUUCACUUGAGUUUAUUACAAAGUUGUAUUCUUUCAGCAAUAAAGGCAUCAUUUUUUUACA